AUGAAAUUCUUCUUGCUUCUCGCUUUUUGCAACACUGUUGCCGGAUUGUACAAUUAUUGCCUAACAACGGGAGUUUCUUGCACGGCCACUGGAGUCUGUUCGACAGGAACAUGCGUUUACAGAGAUUCGAAGAACAAAGUCUGCUGUCCGACUGCUAGCCUUGCUUGUCGAGAUCUUACCGACCCAUCAACGGGUGUCUCGACGUGUUCCGGACAAACGGCUUACUGCACAAAUUCUGCCUAUUACACUCUAAUGACACAACAAUGUCCGGUCAGCUGCGGUUUCUGUGGUUUGAGUAGCUCCAUCUCAACCAGCACCUCUUGUGUCGAUCUUGUCAACCCAUCAACUGGUGUUUCCGAGUGCUCAACGAAAUCCUAUUUGUGCUCAAAUUCGCAAUACUACCAAGUGAUGCUUGUGCAAUGCCCAAGGACAUGCGGUUUUUGCACAGCCUCUUCCUCAGUGAUCAGCUCCUCAACAACUUGCUACAAUCUAGGCACCGAUUGUCCAUCCCGUGCUGCUACUGGCUCAGUCAUUCAAAACAAUAUGUGUUUUCUCCUCAAAUCAACUCUUCUCCUUGUCUUCAUUCAAGUUGUCCGUUCAACAUCUUGUGCAACUACCACAGUAGCUACUGGACCUUGUCCCACGGCAGUUGAUGGAUCUGCAUGCGGUACAACGGCUAUUUGUGCCACAUUCGCCGAUGGAUCUCUUCAAUGCUGUCCUCUUGCUUCUGUUGUAUCGAACACUUCAACUUCUACAACUACAACUCCAGCUUGUGUUGACUUAACGAAUGCUGCGACAGGUGUCUCUGAUUGUGCGGCUCGAGCUGCUAUUGGAUAUUGUACAAGACGCUAUUAUGUGACAUUCAUGAAGAAACAAUGCCGAAAAACAUGUGGAUAUUGCACUUCUUCAUCGACAUCCACCAAUUCCACUUGUGUCGAUUUGGUGAACCCAUCAACUGGAGUCUCUGAUUGUACUCGUCUCUCAUAUUUGUGUUCAAGCUCGGUCUAUUACUCUGUGAUGGUUGUUCAAUGCCCUGUCACUUGUGGAUUCUGUUCUGGA